AGCGUUUGUCGUGUUUGAGCAUGCGAAAAGGGUUUGUCUGCACGGAUGGUGCAUGAGCAUAGAGUAAUGUUAUGGUAUAUGCGUAAUAGAGACUAUUCAAGACAAGAGAAGCGCUACUGAUGUUGCACUUGCACCCCUGUCGGUGCUCAAAACUGGACCCUGGUCUGCACUUGCGUCACACCUGCCCCGCCGACGCCGGUCCCGCCCGCAGCUGUCAGUUGCUUCACGUUCGAACUCUGACUCGACCACACAACACGCCCGCCACAAACAGCACAUCCGCACUCUCACCGCAAGUUCACCAGCUCGCCAGUCUCUGCUUGGUCGCACCCGAGCGCACAGCACCCAUGGCCAAAGGAAAGGGCGCCGGUGGAGGCGAGAACCUGGGUAGCAAGAAGGCCCAGGGCCAGGCGCGAAAGCGACGCGGCCGCCGAAAAGGCCGCCGAAGCCGCGCGCAAGAAGGCCGAGAAAGCCGCCCUGCUCGCCGAAGAAGAAGCCUCGCUGCCCUCCAAGCCCAAGGGCGCCGGUGCAAAGAAAGCUGAGAAGAAGACUUCCGCCCGCGGCAUCGACUCGGCGCUGGGCUCCUUCGACAAGCCCUCGGCGCUCAACGCCACCGGCAUCGACAACGCGCUCGACGCGCUCGACAUCACAGCCUCGAACCAGGACAAGCUGGACCGCCACCCGGAGCGCCGCUUCAAGGCGGCGUAUGCCGCGUACGAGGAGCGCCGGCUCGAGGAGAUGAAGGACGAGAAGGGCCU